UAAGCGCGCAGGCUGCCAUGACAGUCUGUCAUUGCCAUACGAGAGUAGCACGCCGUUAGUAUUUUUCGAUGUCGCGUGCGUGCGUAGCGCGAUCGCCCAUUUAACCGGUAGCCAGUGAAGUUUCAUAGACUGGCGUUAGAAACGACAUAGUGAAACGUGACGGAAUUAUCAAGUAGGUCCACGUAAUAAUCAGUUCCUUGUGAAACACGCGGCAAUCUCGUGUGAAUGGCGGUGCAGUGGCAGUGUUGUGACGUAUCGUGCCGUGCUAGCUGUCAGUUUCGGAGUGAAAACCCGGCGCGAAGGUGUUCGCAGUGUUAGAAGCUCCUUGAACCGUAAUAUAAGAUUUGAUGGAAAAAGAAAUAUUAUGAAAUUCCAAUAAAUGUCGUAGAUCAAGAGGAAGUUAAUUCAAAAGGAGACGUGCUAAACAAGUUUCUCUAGUGUUAGAAAAACCGUUCUAGAAAUUACACAAGGCUGUUACAACGAAUCCAAUGAAUAACGCUUGGGAUUCUCAUGAAUACACGGCCUAGACAUUCUCUAGGUGAAGGUGUACCAACGACUCCCCAGGGAGACAAGACACACCUUCUUAAAUGUUACUGGAAGAACAGGACGCAUUACUGUCGCAGGACCUUCUUCUCCGCCCUUCAUUCUCCAUGUCUAGUUUCUUCUAGACGAUAUAACAAAUCCGGCGCAUCGAUUUGCGGGAAAACUCGAAGGAAAGUAGGCAGGCAGGUACCUACCUACCUACCUACCCUACUCAUCUGUAAGACCCUUAACGUAUACACCAGCACCGGUGCCUAUCCCGUCAAGAAUUCUCCCGUGGCUCGAGGUUAAGACUCGACGCUAUGUGUCGAGAAUCGUAUUCUGGUGAACUAACAGUCUGGAUACUCCAUUGAACACCCUUGUGUUUAGAUAUACAUUAUACGAUACAAAGACACUACGGUACCAACUGCUACUGGUGGCAUUAGGUACCUAGACAGUAAAACAGGAGGGGAACGUGACAUUUGGAGGAAAAAGACUAAGGCUGGUUUCCUGGCAAGAUGUUUAAUUUCAUAAAGAAGGUUGCCGAGAAGGACGACAAGGAGAAGCGGAAGCGAGAGAAGAAGGAACGGAAAGAUGUCAAGAAACGAGAUCGUGGUAGCAUGUCUGCCGAGGAGUUACUGCGUCUCGACGAGGUAAGGAGAUCAUUGAAGAUCCGGGGUCGUCGCAAGGAAAAGGAGAAGCUUCCAAGUGGUAUCACUGCGGAUUACAGUGCAUCCUUUUUCGCCCAGUUAGACAGGGAUCUCUUGGAUAACGUUCACAAUUCUGCUAGUACGAGCUGGACUCGUACCCCUGACGGAUUGACCCAGAGCGACUCAUCAGAAGCCUCCCUGACCUCGUUAACAAACGCAUCAGGAAAGACGUUACCACCAUUGCCACCAAAACCGCCAAAACGUGGAAUUCUGAAAGGUCCACGACUCAGCAUCACCAGCAUUACCGUGGAACCUGGAGUAGUGCAAAAUGGCAAUGAGAAUCAUCAAGAUGCAAACGUCCUCGUCAGGAACACUUUGCAGAAUGAGGUGAUAGCUUAUCAGAAUGUUCCGAAUCUCUCAUCCUUGUCCGUUGGUAAAGAUGAGCCUUGUAGCGAAGAGGAAUCCUACAGAAGGAGUCCGCAGCAUCUGCAUCAUCAGGACAAUAAGCUCCUCCAAGUGGUAACGAGUGCCAGUCCAUCUGCUGAUUCCUUGACGGAUACAACGAAUUCGAGCUUUGCCACACCACCCUUUAGCCUUUCGCCCGUCGGCGAGUCUCAGGGUUUCUCCCGGUGGAGAUCAUCUGCUUCCUUCGAGGAUCAGGGUGUGGAAUUGGUACUGCCUGAGAUAGUGCCUCUCAAGCUACCAGACCCACGGGAGUUAACUAUACAAAGACAACCACCACCUAGAAAUGACUUUGGAUUUUCCCUUCGACGUGCUGUGAUCGUGGAACGUGGCGCAAACGGUGUCACGCAGAUGAGGCCCGUCAUCUUCGCGGAACCCGGUGCCAUGGUGCAAAAUAAUAAUGAUACCGGUCUCUUACCUGGUGAUAGGCUCAUCGAGGUCAACGGGAUCAAUGUGGAUGACAAAUCGCGCGAAGAAAUCAUUGAUCUCAUCAAGGGUUCUGCAAAUUAUGUUACUGUCAAGGUGCAACCGGUCGCUGAGUUGUCUGAACUGUCAAGACGCGGCGGGAGCGACGGGCGACACGUGGAAUUGGCGGCAGCGAAUAUACGCGGUGGCACGUUACGUCGUUCGGGCAGUCUGCGUUUUCAUCAUAAUACGGCGCGCUCUGAGGAACAUUUGGCACAGGAACAGGCAUGGCUGGCUUCGGAAAGGAUUUGGCUAAUUCACAGAGGAGGAUUUACGGCCGCGACACGGUGCGGCUCUGCGGAUCCGGAUACGGGAAAAUUACGCGUACGAUUGAUACCCUCUGGCGAGGAAUUACUGGUCGACGAGGAAGACGUCGAAAAGGCAAAUCCACCGCAAUUCGACAAGGCUGAGGAACUCUCGCAAUUACGAUUUCUCAAUGAAUCUUCGGUUCUUCACACACUGAGACAAAGAUACGCCUCUAAUCUUAUUCAUACUUAUGCUGGGGAGAGUAUGGUAGUCAUCAACCCUGUCGCACCUUUAGCAAUAUAUUCUGAAAAGGUUGUACACAUGUUCAAGGGAUGCAAAAGUGAGGAUAUGCCACCGCAUAUUUAUGCUAUGGCUCAAUCAGCUUAUAGAGGGAUGCUGGCAACACGUAGAGAUCAUUCUCUGGUGUUUCUUGGUCGUAGCGGUGCUGGUAAAACUACUAAUUUCAAACACGCUCUACAUUAUCUUGUACUUGCUGCUGGCACUGUGAACAAGAUCCUGACUAUUGAAAAACUCAACGCUUUAUUCACGGUCCUGGAAGCUUUUGGCAACAGCAGAACUCACAUGAAUUCGAAUGCAACCAGAUUCACUCAAUUAUUCAGCCUAGACUUUGAUCAGUCUGGUCAGAUAGCAUCAGCGUCAUUACAGGUCUUGUUACUGGAAAAAUCAAGAAUCGGACGAAGAUCGAAUGGCGAUCCGACCUUUCAUGCUGUCUACAGAUUGUUGGCCGGCGCAGAAGGUGCACUGAGAAAGGAAUUGCAUCUGACUAAUUUAGUCGCCGAAAAUAAUCCUUUCAUAACACCUUUACAAAAGCACGAGGACAAGCAAAGAGCUAUGGUUGAAUUUAAUAGGAUCGUAGCUGCCUUUAAGAUCCUUGGUGUUUCUGAGGCUGAUGAAAAAGUCAUUUGGCUCGUGCUGGCUGGUAUUUAUCAUCUGAGCUGCGCUGGUGCAGUCAAAGCUGGCACCAGUUCACAAAGCAGAUGGCAGUUUGCAAGGGUUGAAUGUGCCGAGAGGGCUGCUACCCUAUUUGGCACUUCUGUCGAGGAACUUAGCAGGGCUGUUUUCUCUUGCAAUGGUGGAGGAGGUACCCCGAAUACACCGAGACCUGCUUUACGAACUCCUAGUCCUACUGAACAAAGUAAGGACGUUACAGGAAUUGAUGCGUUGGAAGGACUACUCGUUGGUCUUUAUUUUGAAGUCUUCCAUUGUGUUGCUGCUCUGAUUAAUAAAUCCAUUUCAUCCUCGGUGCAUACCGUAUCCUCCCUAUUGCUGUGCGAUGUACCAGGAUUUCAGAAUCCUGCAUCCUGUGGUAGACAGACUGGUGCCUCCUUCGAGGAUCUCUGUCAUAAUUAUUUACAGGAACGGCUUCAGCUUCUUUUUCAUCAUUCCACUCUGGUAGCGCCGAAAGACAGAUACGCUCAAGAGGGUAUAGACAUUGACCAUGACGAUGACUAUGAUGCGGAUGGGGCUGGUUCUCCUCAGGCCUUGGUCUCGCUUCUGGACAGGGGUGGUUCUCAAAGUGCAACAAUGCUUAGGACAAGUCAGAGUGAUCUGAGCAGUAGUAGACAGGGUGAACGGAAAGGACUGUUGUGGCUUCUUGACGAGGAAUCGGUGUGUCCUGGCGGAAGUGACGAAACCUUCUUAGAUAGACUAUUCUCCCAUUAUGGGGAUCGAGAUCAUCAAAUACUGCUGAGAAAAGCUCCUGGCAACAAUCAGUUCGUUUUGCAGCAUCUUCAAGGAACAAAUCCUGUUCUCUAUACUGCGAUAGGAUGGCUCAAAGCCACUCGCGAAAAUCCCGUGGCCAAAAGUGCUAUUACCAUCCUUCAAGAGAGUGCCAGAGAGGACAUCAGCAGACUAUUCGUUUGUGCGCGUGGUGCGGGCGUUUCUGGUGCUUUGAGUGGCUCCGUUCAUGGCCUCGAAGGUUCCCAAUCAUUGAGAAGAGCUUCGAGUAUUCGCAGAACGUUUACAGCAGUGAAGAGGAAGAAUAUCUGCCUUCAAGUGAAAUUCACAGUAGACGGACUCGUGGAGACCUUAAGAAGAACUAGGGUGAAGUUUGUACACUGUCUACUACCCCAGCACAACGCAGGAUGCACAGAUAACAAGAGUCUACUAUCAGUAAAGUCGAAUCAAAGUGAAGACAGUAUUAUUAACGUUCCUCUUUUGCGAUCGCAGAUCCGUGGAAGUCAAAUCAUUGACGCAGUCCGACUGCACAAAGUUGGUUACCCAAAAUGUAUGCCACUGGGUGAAUUCAGAAGGCGUUUCAAUCUCUUAUCGAACGAUACAAACACACGUCCAGGUAGUCCUGUAGCCGACGAACGUCGUGCCGUCGAGGAUAUGCUGCUGACGGUGGACGUCGAUCCAGCGUCGUAUCGCGUCGGACAGAGUCAGAUUUUCUUCAGAUCUGGCGCUCUGGAACGUUUGGAGUCACGGAGGGAUGAGAAACUCACGGGACACAUUAUAUUACUUCAGGCACGUUGCCGGGGUUAUCUUGCUCGCCGGAAACUCAACACUCUCAAGUUGCAAGAUCUUGCAGUCAGAUGCAUCCAGAGAAACGUAAGGAAGCUGAUGUCGGUACGAGAAUGGCCAUGGUGGAGAUUAUACGUCAAGGUGGCGCCAUUGCUGAACGUUCAUCGAACGGAGGAUCAAUUGAAGGCGCGAACGGAAGAACUCGAGAUUCUCAGGGCGAAGGUCGAGAGGCUGGAGCAGGAGCGCAACCACCUGAAACAUGAUAACGACAAGCUCGAGGCUAAGCUAAGCGAAAUGACAGCUGACUUCGCAGAGGAACAUUCAACGUCGACUUUGGCAGCUGAGAGAAUCGACGCAGAGACUUCUGAGCGUCUUCGUCUGGAACGUGAACUCCAGGACGUUACCGACGCCAACAAGAAUCUUCAGCAGACUACCGAACGACUGGAAAUGGAAUUGCUUUAUGCGAGAGCGGCGGAUCUUAACGGAGUUGCGUCAGACGGUGAGGAUGGCGAGGACGGUGGCGUCUAUAAGCAACGAUACGAGCACGCCGUACGCGAGUUGGAGUUCACCAAAAGAAAAAUGGCCCAGCAGCACGAGGACGAUUUAGAGCAGUUGGUCGGCCUGAAAAAACAAUUGGAGAAGAAGCUAGCUGACGCCUACGAGGAGGUCGAGGAGCAGCGACAAGUGGUGGGUCAGUGGAAGCGUCGCGUUCAGAAGUUGAACGGUGAGAUGCAUGAUCUGAGAUUACUCCUUGAGGAACAGACCGCCAGGAAUAACCUCCUCGAGAAGAAGCAACGCAAGUUCGAUUCCGAGACUCAAAAUCUUAUGGAUGAUCUCAGACAAGAGAAAGCUCAGCGCGAGCGACUCGCCAGAGAGAAGGAAAUUGCUAUUGCUGAGAAAUUCACUGUUGAGCAGAAUUUGAGUGACGCCAGACUGGAAAUAGAACUGAAAGAAGAGAGACUACACACACUAACUCAGGAACUAGAGGAAUUGACAUUCGGUGGCAAAACUGAAGAGGAAGUAGCACAGUUGAAAAAAGCAAAGCAUGAACUGGAGAAGAAGACGAAGGACCAAGAGGAGGAACUUGAUGACCUUGCUGGUCAGGUACAACUCUUGGAACAAGCUAAACUUCGACUGGAAAUGAGCAUAGAACAGCAACGCAAAGAAAUGCGAAAGGAGAUGCAGCAACGCGAUGAGGAACUUGAAGACGUUCGUGGAAACGCGCAUAAGAAGGUCAAAGCUUUAGAGUUGCAACUGGAAACCGAACAUGAGGAAAGAACGAUACUACUUCGAGAAAAGCAUGAGCUGGAACGUCGAUUAGUUGCUAUUGAGGAACAGGACAGAACUGAUCGUGCAGCCGAAGCUGAAACUACACAACGACUUAAGAGAGACCUCAAGAGAACACGAGCACUCCUCAGAGAUGCCCAGACAAUGCUAGAACGUUCCAAGGGCGAUUCGGCUGGGAAGGCAGCUCUUCGCCAACUGAAGAAUCAACUGGAAGAUGCUGAAUGCGCUAGAGCUGCAGCUGUCAAAGCUAAACAGGCAUUGGAACAGGACCUGAACGAAACACAGUUAAGUCUUGAGGAAGCUUCUCGACUGAGAUCAGAGGCUGAAGAACGUGCGAAUGUAGCUUGCAGAGAGCGAACUGAUCUGAGGUCCCAAUUGGAGGAGAAUGAGGAAGAAUUAGCAGAGAUGCUCAAGAAGUAUCGAGCUGCCGUGCAACAAGUAUCCACAGAAAAGUCACAACUUCAGGAAGCGCAGGUGCAGAUUGCUACCCUCGAGGCUGAAAGAUCUUCUUUGAAAGAUCAACUGUCCGAACUCAGUCAGAGAUUGGAAUCCGUGGAACAACUUGGUGAUCCAACUGCUAAUAGUUUAGCGACUAGACGUCUGGAAUUUCGUACGAAAGAGUUGGAAAGUAAACUUGAACUGGAACAAACUACAAGAGCGCGACUUGAGACACAAAUAGCCAGAUUGAAGGAAAAUGUGGAUAAGCUACAAACAGAAACUGCUAUGCUAAGGACUAAGGAACAGAACGCGCAGGAUGCUGCGCGACGUCUUCAGAGAUCUUUGCGCGAAGCGCGAGAUGAGGCUAGUGCUGCAGCUGCACGAGAACAUGAGGCUACACGUGCACGUCGUGACGUGGAAAAAACUUUGGAAGCUGCUGAAGCAGAGACAAAGAUUGCUCGGGAUGAUCUGCGAUUGGCUCUUCAAAGAAUUGAUGAUUUACAAAGUGCGAUACAAGGUGAACUCGAUCUUGACUGCAGUGAGGAAGCAACGACGGACAAUAGCGACAGUGAUUGACCGACAAGGCGGGAGGAUCUCGAUUUCGAGAUCAAGGACGAGGAAGCUAACUGAGAAGAUAAACGGCGAAUGAAUGAAUAAAAUAUAAAAAAAGGAAUGCUUAAAAAAUAAUGGGACCUCGUCAACCAAGGAAGAAAUAGAUCUAUAUCUCUCACGGAAUUGAUGACGUCGCAGAUAUUUGUUGUCUUUUCAGGCGCGUUCUUUGCUUAAACGCAAAGAAAGAGGAAACUUGGAGAACUUAGAAUCGUGUAGAUUUCAUUUUGUAUUAUUGAAUCGUAAACGGAGAUGCCGUUAAAGAUGCGCGUACGUGUUCGUCGCGAGUAUAGUAUUAUUUUUAAUAUUUAGACAGAUAAUAUAAAUAUAUAUACACCAAGAAUAAUGGACAAGCUGAUAUAUCAUCGAGAUGACUGUCUCGAACAUAUGACGACAGAAUUUUCAAAGACAAGAAAGAAAAGGACCUGAAUAAUCUGGCGCAUGCGCGUACGGCAAAGAGUAUACUCGAUGCUGGGAUUUGACCUGAUAUAAUAAUAUAUAUACAAUUAUCCAGUGAUCUUUUAUACCUGCAAUGUAUCUCGUUGCUCGUGGCCAUUUUUCUUCUACGUGUUUCGUGCACUAUCACGCUCUUUGACUUCUUUUAUUUGGUGCUAGCGUCUUUACGAUUGUCAGCAAUCUGUCUUCCAGUUUUCUUGAGCUCACGUGACCCAUGAUAAUUCUUGGCCACGGAUGACCAUUUCUGCUUUUCAGCGGGCUUCGCGCGUAUGCGCCAAUUUUUUUUUUGUGUAAUAUGUUUAUGGUACAGUUUAUAUAUAUAUAUAUAGUAUACAUAUAAAUAUACUAUAAAUGGGAAUUAAGACCCAGUCGGUGCCAUUGGCUGGAUCCUUUUUGCUAGGCCGUGCGAUGGCCCAUUUAAACCCUUGCCCUAAUCACACGACAUUAUGCCUGUCAAACGCUGUCAACUGGGGUUCACUGACUAUUUGUAUAAAAUGAUCCGCAAAAGAUGAUUAGAAUUAUGAUAAUUUAGAUGUUUAAGCCCGUGUAAGGACUUCAUGUAACUUAUUGCUUUGUAAAAUGCAAAUCUUAUUUAAUUAA